CUAAUGUACAUACAUAAUUUACAUGAAAUUUUUCAAACGUCAUUUUUGAUUUUUUCAUUUAUAAUGACAGUUAAACUCGUAAUAGUGUUAAACCAGCGGCAUUGUGUUUAUUCGAAUAUAAAAUAAACCUAAAAAUAUGUUAGUACUUUAUUAAUCUUCAAACAAACGAUAUUAGGAAAAAAACGUUUAGCGUUUAUAAUACAUAAUAAUUCAGUAUGAAAAUAGGAGUCCAUCCAUUGUCACAUAAUCCUGAUGAAGCUUAUAAGGAGAUAUCACAGCAGCAACAAACAUUUAAAAUAAAUGUUAGAACUCCUACGAUUGAUGCACCAGAUGAUAAGCUGCGUGUAGUCUGUAUGAGUGAUACGCAUUCUCUUACACAGCAUAUAAAAUUUGAUAUACCCAAUGGUGAUAUCUUCAUUCAUGCUGGAGAUUUUACGAAGUGUGGUAGUUUACAAGAAGUUCUUGAUUUUAAUAAAUGGAUCGGAAAUUUACCGCAUAAGUAUAAAAUAGUGAUAGCUGGAAAUCAUGAGCUUAGUUUCGAUCCAACAUUCACAAAUCCUUUUAGUAUGCAUACUUCUGGGGACCGUCAAAAACAUACAGGGACUAGUAUCAUUGACAGUAUACCUACAUUAGGAAUGACCAAAGAUGUUCUCGUAGAAGCCAUUCAAACAACCGAUAUUAGAAGUUAUUUAACUAAUUGCAUGUAUUUAGAAGAUUCUGGAGUCACUUUAUAUGGAAUUAACAUAUAUGGUACGCCAUGGCAACCAGAGUUUUGUAAAUGGGCUUUCAAUGUGCCACGUGGAGAACCAUGUCUUUCGAAAUGGAAUUUGAUACCAGAAAAUACAGACAUACUUGUAACGCAUACACCACCCUUGGGUCAUGGAGAUUUUUGCUGUAGCGGAGUACGAGCAGGGUGUGUAGAAUUGCUUUCUACAGUACAGAAACGUGUAAAACCAAAAUAUCAUGUGUUUGGUCAUAUUCAUGAAGGAUACGGUAUCUCUUCUGAUGGAAAAAUCAUUUAUAUAAAUGCAUCCACAUGUGAUAUUAAUUAUUUACCAAGUAAUCCUCCGAUAGUAUUUGACAUAACAUUACCACCUGGAUUUGAGAAGUAAUAAAUUAGUAAUCAAUAUACUUUAAUAUAAAAAAUGACCAAUUUGUAUUAUUGUUUUGUUUUAGA